AUGGCUAGAUUCGGGCUUGAAAUUGGAGGGUUGCCGCACCGCACCAGCAACAUGAGCGUCACUCCCCACCCUGACCUGCUCCAUGCGGGUCUGUCCCCGGGGAGCGUGCAGACGCUGGCCUCCCGGGCUCGGCCUCCUCCUACCUCCAACCCCAUCACCUCAAAACGGGUCUGCUUCUAUAAGAGCGGAGACCCUCAGUUUGGUGGCCUGCGCAUGGUCAUCAACGGACGCACAUUUAAAACCUACGAUGCCCUCCUGGAUGCCCUCUCCAAAAAAGUGCCUCUGCCAUUUGGGGUGCGCACCAUUACCACACCAAGGGGAACCAACUCCAUUCGUGCCUUGGAGGAAUUUCAGGAUGGGGGGUCCUAUGUGUGCUCUGACCAGAAGCGAAUCAAACCUCUGAACCUUGAGCAGGCCAACCGGAGACAGGUCCCCUGGAAUACGACCAGACCCAUCAGUGCUAAACGCAGAGGGAACCUCAGACAAAUACCCAGAAGAGCUGAUUUUGGCAGCAGGGCCGAAAGAAUGAUUGAUAGAAAUGUCACAGUGCGGACACCAAAAAGACUAGUGGUUUACAAGAAUAGGGACCCCACUGUGAAACGCAUAGUGGUCUUGCAAAGGAAGACUGCCCCAACUUUUGAUGCACUUUUGGAUUAUCUUUGUCAGGUUAUGCAGUUUCCAGUUGUGAAGCUGUUCACUCCAGACGGGAGACGGGUGGAGGGCCUUGCCGGCCUUAUACUGUGCUCCGGUGUUGUUGUUGCUGCUGGCAACGAGCCCUUCAGGCUCUUGAACUUCAACUUCCAAGGAGGUCCACCACCGCCAACGACACAGUCAGGCUUUCUGAUGGAUCAGAUCAGAGCCCCGCCUCAAAUAUGUAAGCAUGCAAACAAUAAAAAGAAAUCUCCAACCAGCAGCACAAGAUCAAGGAAAUUCUCAUUGUCAUCUGAGAGAUACUUUGUGAAUCAGAUCAAGAAGUCCCUCAGUGAAAGUUUGUCUGAGCAUGAAAGUCACCACUCCGGAUCUCUGGAGACCGAGCUGAACCAACCCUCAGAAUCUGUUGACAUGGAACCCUGUGUUGGCAAGGCAGGUGUCGCUGGAAAGGAUUGUCCCAUAAUGCCAACAGAGGAUGACAUAGAGAAAUCCUUCCGCGUGAACCAGGACGGUAGUAUGACCGUUGAAAUGAAAGUACGGCUCACGAUAAAACAGGAGGAGAUGAUACACUGGACUACUACGCUAAGCCGCACAAGCGUCUCCUGCCAACAGACCAAAAUGCAUGCCACGCAGCCCGUAUCAGGUCCCAACUCUCCAGACGUCAACAACGACUCCUCCAGAAAUGGAGGCCACAGCGCACAGCACACCUCAUCUGGGAGGACAGUCGCCUUCAAGGAGCAAGAAGGAGGCCACUGCAACAGUGCUUUGGCUGAGACUUCCAGGAACCUCAAGCACAGUAAGCGGACCCCAACACCAGGGCCAAGACGCGUGAAAAGUAACAACGCAUCAGUGGAGAACAUAACCACAGUAACAGAGACAGAGGUUCAAGAAAGCACUGUGGGAACAUACUCUUACAUGGAGCGCACAUCAGAGGGAGAGGUCACUGAAGGGUACUGUGUGGUCAGAAGUAGCAGCACGAGUAACAUCAGACCAGUACCAAAACCCAGAAAAACAGGAUCUGCAGAGGCCAAGCAAAGCACACUACAUUCCUCACUAAGGGCUUCAGGUGUGUCAGAGGUCCUCCAGAUUCAAAAAAGUGGUCUUGACGUCACAGAGACUUUUAUGCACAUAUAUGAGCCCCAGCCACCGGGUAGCUAUGACAACUACCUCGCAAAUCCUCAGCAUGUUGCACAAAAGAGACCCAGUCAUAGUGCACCAGUGGCACAUAGUAAGCCAGGUUCCACAGACUCAGGGCCUUGUUCAUCGAAUAAUGACUGUGAUGUAGAUCUUACAAGACUGUCAUCAACAUCAGAUUCUAAUAAUGGGAAGAAAGAUGAGAUGUUCUCUCUGUCAUCAGAAAGCAUGGCCCCUCAACAAACGACUAGGACCAAAUUAGCAACAGGCAGGAGCACAGGACACAAAUCCUCAUCUGCAAAUGAAGAUGCCACACAUAUAAGUCCUGGCAGUAAGAAAAAGAGAACACUCACAUCUAGAACACAUAAAAAUGCAUCUCCUUUGUCCUCUGGAUCAGACAAAAAGCAAAGAACUACACAGACAGAGUCCUCAAAGACUGUCAAAAGAACAAAUUCAUCUGACAACAUAGGAAAAACAGGAAGUUCAGCAGAGAGUGCUCAAAGUAAAAAGACGGGCAGAGUAAAAAAGAGGGAGAAGGAUAAUAAUGGAGGUAAAGUCUCUGCCAGCAAAAGCAGCAUGUCGGCAUUAUCAGCAGAGCAAGGGCUAAAUUUAGAUGAGAGUGCAGUCAGAGACCUGGCUCAUAAUCUGAACAGUUCUGAGUCUGAGAAGCCUAAAAAACCCAAAAGGAAAAAUGUACAGGAUAUCUUAGUGUCACAUCAAGGUCACACCAAAAUGUCAACUCUAAAGCAAAAGUCCAUGAGUGAUGACAGGGUUAAAUCACCAAAACAAAACAGGGAAAUCAAUGAGAGUAUUUCAUUGCCUCGGCUAUGCUCCCCACCCUCUGUCCAACAGUAUGUGGAGACCUGGCUUCAACAAAUGCAACCAGACUCUGUUCCCUACUUGGAGGAGUUGAAUCUUACUGAGGCAGAGGCUGGAAAAGCUGCAUCAAAAGGGUCUUGGGAAAACAGUGCUUCAGAGAUAAUCAGUGAGGAAGAGGAGAAUUUGUCGGCAGAGGAUAAAUCUGAGGAAGGACAAGAACAACAACAACCUACUCAGAGCCAGCUGUGUGUUGACGAGCCAUACGGAAUGAGAGGCCUUUGUAGAUCGAUGCCAAGUGUCCGCGUUCACCCCGCUGAACAGGAUUGUCGAAACAAACUGCAUCAAUCAGCUGAAGUUCUCUUUCCACUCGACACACAGCCAUCAGAGGAUGUUGAGGCGAACUUAAAGGGAGGUAUGAAACCAGUGUUACAGCAGCUAUGCUCAUCUCUGCAGUCCAUAAGACGGGUUGUUAUCCCAAACCAGGCUGAUUCCUUGGAGAAAGCCCACAGCCUUCCUGAUUUCUCUGUCCAGGUAGCUUCUGUUUUUGGUGCUUCCUCUGCUAAACUCCUCUCGUUCUUGUCUGUCAUGGCACUAAAGGACCGCUCUCAGAGCCAAGAGUCACUUGCAUUGACGAGUAGGAAGGGCAGCUAUCCAGAGGCCCUAAAGGUGAUACAGUCUCUUGAAAAGCUGGCAAGUACGGAGGAUGAGGAGGAGCUGAGGGCCAGCCUCUCAGAUCUACGCAAGUCUACAUCGCCCACACUUCAGGAGAGCUGGAAAGAUUUCCAACAGGAGGGUGUGGCUUCCACACAUGGAGAAGGAAGCCCCACAAACAACAAUCCACACAGUUUGUCUGCUGAUGAUGAGGAAUGCAUCAGUGAAGGAGUACUCUCAAGCCACAAUGCAGAGAGGAAAGCAAGGGUCAGAUCAGCUGAUGAGGAGGACUGCAAUUCUCCAGAGGUCUUACCGAGCCAAAGUGAAGAGGGAGAUGAAGAGGUCAUUCCUCAUGAAAUAGAUUCUUCUUGUCAUCACAGUCAAGUGUCUGAAUCGAAGCUCAAGGAGUUUGUGCAGGAAGAAUCUGAGCACUGCAAUAGCCAGGACCUCGACAUGGAGAGUGUGGCCCAGAUAGAGGAAGCAGCUACCUCUGGCUCUGAUAAUUACACAAGCAUACAAAAAGACAACUCGAUGGACAAUUUACAAGUUUUAGAAAAUACAAACUCAGCUGAGAGCCUCAGUGUCAGUGGUUCAGAGAGGAAAUAUUUGAGUUCGGCAGAGAGUGCCAAGAGCCAGAAAACCAACAAAUCAAAGAAAGAAAGAAAGGGCAACAGAAGUGAAAUGUCUUCUGUUAGAAGUACCACAUCUACAAAUACUGGAACAAAGAGGGUCUUAUCAUCUACUGAGGCUCUCCAUUUGGGAGUGGCCACAUCCAGAGGCUCAACACCUAGAGGGCACAUUGCAGACUCCCAGGGACCUCUGCCCAAUGUGAGGAAGUCAAUGACACCAACCAAUCCAGGCCGAAUUAAAAAGGUUGCAACCAAGCCCAAAUCUCUGCAUGAAGAUAACCUGAACACCCCCAAAGAAAAUCUAUCUGGGAGCAUUUCAAUGCCUUUCCUCAGUGCCCCUCCUUCAGAUGUGCAUCAGUAUGUGGACAGUUGGCUUGAGAAGAUGCAGCCAGACACUGAUAUAGAGGGGACAACCUAUCUUGAGUCGGAGAGAAAGGCAGAGUUUCGCAUCGGCACUUCCUCAUCAGAGAGGUCUGAGGGAAUAAUGAGUGCGUCUGCACACUUCAGUCCUGAGGAAGAGGGGUUAUCUGCAGAUGAAAAUGCUGAUGAUAGACCACAAGAACUAUCUGGACCAGUCAUUCAGAUAAGAUGUGAUGGAGAGCUGGUUGAUGACAGCCCUCUAAGAAUGAGGAGCUUCUGUAGAUCGAUGCCGAGUGUUCGGAUCCAUCCUGCUGAUCAGGAGAGGCAGAUGAGAGCACACAAGUCCACUGAAGCUCUUUUCCCACUUGAGAGUGAGUCACCACAGGACACCGGGUCAAGUUUUAAGGGAGGUAUGAAGCCAAUGUUGCAGCAGCUGUGUGCCUCUAUGCAGUCCAUAAGACUGGCUGUUAGCCCUACGCGACAUCUCUCCUUGGAGAAAGCCCGCAGCCUCCCUGACUUCUCUGUCCAGGUGGCUUCUGUCUUUGGCGCUUCCUCUACUAAACUCCUCUCGUUCUUGUCCGUCAUGACACUGAAGGAUGGCUCCUCCGGCCGGGGAUCACAGCCUUCACUACACAGUGGGCAAAGCAGCAACAGUUCCGAGGGCCUAAACAGUGGGAAAAACAGCUGUCCUGAGGCCCUAAAGGUGAUGCAGUCUCUUGAAAAGCUGGCCAACACAGAGGACGAGGAAGAGCUCAGGGCUAGUCUUUCCGAUCUGCGUAAAUCGACAUCUCCUAAAUUUCAGGAGAGUUGGAAAGAUUUCCAAGAGAAAUAUGACAUUGAAGAUGGUCCGUUAGAAUCACCAAAAAAUGUGGAGCGAGAGUUUGCCCUAGAUGUCCAGUCAGAGGCAAGCGACCAAAACGAAGAUCAAGCAUUUGGUAUUGAACAGCUGAUGGAGGAGCUUAGUAUGUCUGAAGAACUGCGACAGGAAAUAUCUUCUCUUGUUGAGGGAGAGAUGACUUAUCAUGAUGCAGAAGAACCUCCCACAGGGACCCCUGAGGAAGGCUCACAACCAGAGACUGCAAACACUGUUAUUAAGGCUGAUGAUGUGGAGGAGAGGGAACAAGUGGAAGUUAUGCCUGUAGCAUAUACUGAUAAUGUAGAGAAGGCAGAUUCCAUGGAUGAAGAUAAUGUAGAGGAGCCCAGCAACAUUCAGACAAAGACAGUAAAGGCUUUCAAUUCAAUAGAAGAAGGAAGAAGUCUCAGUAAUGGAGAAGAGAGCAUCAAAUGUGAAGAAACAGGAUCCCGAACAGGAGAAUCAGAGGAUAUAGAUAAUGAACGGUUUCUCACACCCCUAACAGAGUCUGAGCCAAAAGACAUGGACAGAGACUCCGAGUCUUGGAAAGGUCAUGACACAGACCAUCAAUCAGAAGAAGCCAGAUAUGAAAGUGGUCAAGAAGAGUCUGUGCUGAAAGACAUAGACAGGGAGUCAGCGUCUUGGAAAGGUCAUGACACAGACCAUCAAUCAGAUGAAGCUAAAUAUGAAAGUGAUCAAGAGUCUGUGCCGAAAGACAUGGGCAGAGACUCCGAGUCUUGGAAAGGUCAUGACACAGACCAUCAAUCAGAUGAAGCUAAAUAUGAAAGUGAUCAAGAGUCUGUGCCGAAAGACAUGGACAGAGACUCCGAGUCUUGGAAAGGUCAUGACACAGACCAUCAAUCAGAAGAAGCCAGAUAUGAAAGUGGUCAAGAAGAGUCUGUGCCGAAAGACAUGGACAGAGACUCCGAGUCUUGGAAAGGUCAUGACACAGACCAUCAAUCAGAUGAAGCCAAAAGUGAAAGUGAUCAUGUGGAAAGUGACCUUGCUGCAGAAAAGGAGGGUCGCUGUGGGGAUAAGCAUGAUGAGGAGGAGGAGGGCCAUGUGCAACAGUCGGAUGACCUUGGGGAAGAGGAGGAGGGUCAUGUGCAGCAGUCGGAUGACCUUGGGGAAGAGGAGGAGGGUCAUGUGCAGCAGUCGGAUGACCUUGGGGAAGAGGAGGAGGGUCAUGUGCAGCAGUCGGACGACCUUGGGGAAGAUGAGGAUGGCACAGGCCUAGCAAAAGACAAAUGUAGCAAAAAACAAGCUGAUGAUUUAGCACAAGCAGAUGCUUUAGUGGAAGGACAGAAGGACUCACUUGAGGGUGUCGAUUCAUGCGAGAGUCACAAUGAUACUCAUAGUGAAAAUGGGCUCUAUCCUGAUGAGAAGGAGGAGGAGAAUGACCAACAGGGCUACCCUGGUGUUCUUCUCCCUGGGGAGUUAUCUCAGGAGCUGCUGGCAUUUGUUAAUAAAGCUCUACUCUCAUCGUCUCUGACUUUCACAUAUGACUCCAAUGGUAAUCUGAGAAUACAGCCUGAAGUAGGUGAAGCAAAGUCUAUUACAGAAAUGCUCGACGGCAAAAUGAACAUAGACAGUCAGUAUGGUCUGAAACGAUUGCCCAGCCCAAAUACCUCUGACUUGUCUGACUAUAGAUCUGACACAGCAGACAGUGGAGAGAAGUCACAGUUGUCUCUUGACAUUUCUACAGAUGUAGGAGAUGAGGAGCCUGACAGGGUGUCCACUUCACAUGAUCAGAUAGAUCAAAACAGCGAAGAGUCAGAUGGCAAACUCAGUGCUAUAACUGAGAAUGGCUCCGCCACGUCUCCCUUAGGUCAAAAGUCAAAUGUUACCCCAAAAUCUGAUCUGAAAAGUGUGUUUAGCUUCAACUCUAAUCAGGACACUGCAUCAAUGGUCUCACACCAGGAUAACACAUACUUAUCAAGUUCAUUGAACGGAGAUUCAGAAUCUGUGCAGUGCUUGUCUUUUUACUCUCAAACAGAUCUCCGCGAAGGUGUGCUAAUUGACAAAGGCAGGUGGCUGCUGAAGGAAAACCACCUCAUCCGAACAUCACCUCCAUUGACCAUGGGAAUGUAUGACCAAGUGGACUCAUCUUCUGUUGACUCAGGUCAGGAUGAAGAUGUACCGUCCUCACAGUACCUCAACCAUCAGUCCCCGCUCGCUGUCAUAUCCUCAUCGGAGUUGGAGGAGAUGGCUAAGCCGUCAACCCCUAAAUGCACGUAUUUCACAAUACCACACAGUAGUGACUCAGACCCUUUCCUAAAUUACAAGAGCAGCAGCAAUGGCAGUGGUAGGCAUGGAGAAGUCACGAGGGGGAACAGGGUCUCCCCACAAGAGCAACCAGCAAAGACAUGGGCCAAGAAGAACAGCAGCUUCUCCUCGUUUGCCUCUGUGGAGUUCAAGCUUCCAGAUGGAAAGAUUCACCCACAAGGGGGAGCUGCCGUGGAGCGGCCGGCUCGGUCUCAGACCAUUGGAGGUAGAACUCUGCAGGAGGAGGACUCCACAGAGUCACUGCAGCUGCGCUGUGGCCAGAACUGCCCCAUACUAUGA